AUGGAUCGAUUUCUGCAUUUCCGCAUUUUCGCCAUGUCCGACUACCCGCAGAAGCCACAGCCGAUGGCCGCCCCCGCGCCUGCCAUGGGCGUGCCCGUCGCCGUCGACCAGUACGGCCGCCCCGUCCAAGGCGUGGCCGUGGUCAUGGCCCCGCCGCCCGUCGUCGGGGUUGUCCAGAACAACUCCAACAUCCAACGCGACGCGCAGGGCAAUGCGCUCUGCCGCAAGUGCCACACGCCGUACCCACUGCCCAAUGGCUGCACGAGCUGGCGCUGCCGCCAGUGCGGCGAGCUGAACAACGCGAGCGUCUACGGCGACGAGUGCCCCUGCUGCAGCGUCAUGUAA